UGUUCCUAUGCCAAAACUGUCUCCCAGAAAGAAUAGACAUCUGCUCUGCGUGCCGCUGCCCCUGCAACUGCUUUUAUUUCUUCUGCCCCCAACCAGAUGUGUGUUAGAACAAGUAUGCAUUAUGCCCUGAUAAAAGCACCUUAUGCAGCUUCCUUCCUUGUACAGGGCCAGAGCCAGGGUACUUGGUCUGGAGAAUUGCAGGAUGCAUGCUGCUUCUGAUUUAUUUAUUUGGGGGGGGGGGGGGCAUGAAAAGCCUUCUGUAUGUACAGAUAAAUCAGUUGUUAUUAAUCAUGUUAAAUAUGAGCCUUAACAUGGUUGGGGAAUGGGAACUCUUCAUUCCAGAUCAAGUUUACAUAAGUAAAGAGAAAUGCUAAAUGUGUGGUCCUUCCCCCUCAUCCCCCCAGCCCUUCAAUAAAUCGUUAGUACAGACAUUCUUCACAGUGAAAAUAUACCAUACUCUGAGGUAUGACUAUUUGGAAAUAAUGAGCGGCUUUACAGGUUUGGAAACUAGCAGCACGCACUGCAUUUGUGUUGUAUCCCGUAGCAUAAAAUAUCUCCGAGCUUGACAGAGUGCUCUUGAGGAGGAAAAAGAGCAUGCAUUCCUGUUCUAUCAUGGCAAAUAUUCAUGUACACACAUUUGGGCAUCUCUCCGAAGGCUGAAAUCUUGGAAACCCUUUACAAGAUCACGCUGUGAACGGUGAAACAGCCGGCAAAACGUCCAUCCAGAAGAAACAGAAGCCGCACCAGCGAAGUCGAAAAGAGAAGCCUCAGCAGCACAAUUUCACGCACCCACUCCUAGCUGCAGCCCUCAAGGGUCACAGUGGGAGCAUCAGCGGCCUAGACUUCAGCAGCAACGGCAAAUACUUGGCAUCCUGCUCCGAUGACCGCACGGUCCGCAUCUGGAGCACCAAGGAUUUCUUGGAGCGGGAGCACCGAUGCAUGCGGGCCAACGUGGAGCUGGAUCACGCUACCUUGGUCCGCUUCUACCCAGACUCCAGAGCCUUCAUUGUCUGGCUGGCUAACGGAGACACCAUCAGAGUCUUUAACAUGACCAAGAAGGAGGAUGGCACUUUUGCCUAUGUCGGAGCCCCGGAAGACUUCCCCAAACAUCACAAAGCCCCCGUCAUCAACAUUGGGGUUGCUGAUACAGGGAAAUUCAUCAUGACCGCAUCCAGUGACACCACUAUCCUCAUCUGGGAUCCAAAGGGGGAAAUCCUGGCCAGCAUCAACACCAACCAAAUGAACAAUGCUUUUGCAGCUGUGUCACCGUGUGGGAGGUUUGUUGCGUCUUGUGGCUUCACUCCGGAUGUGAAGGUGUGGGAGGUGUGUUUCAGCAAAAGUGGAGACUUCCAAGAGGUGGCAAGAGCCUUUGACCUAAAAGGCCACACGGCAGGGGUGUAUUCCUUCUCUUUCUCCAACGACUCGCGGCGGAUGGCGACAGUCUCAAAGGACGGUACGUGGAAACUGUGGGACACAGAUGUUGAAUACAAAAAGCAGCAGGAUCCCUACCUGCUGCUGACGGGUAAAUGUGACUUGGCUGAACCCUGCCGCAUCGCUCUGUCUCCGGAUGCCCGGGCGCUAGCCAUCUCCUGUAGUACCAGCAUCUUUGUGUACAACACCAAGGAAGGGAAGGAGGAAGAGCGCUUUGAGAAUGUCCACGGGGAGCACAUCACAGACUUGGCCUUUGAUGUGAACAACCGCUUUCUAGUCUCUUGCGGGGACCGGGCCAUCCGGGUCUUCCACAACACAGCCGGCUACCGGGCAGUGGUAGAAGAAAUGAAGGUUCUGCUGAAGAAGGCCACCAAUGAGUCCACUAGGCAGAGACUGCAACAGCAGAUCACAGAUGCCCAGAACGCUUUGGAAAGUAUCUACAGCAAGAGCAAGUGACCCUUUUCCAUGUGCAGACUUAGGGUCAGGGUUUUAACACAGGAUGUGUGCUAAUAAAAGAAUUUUGGGACAA